CAUUUCUGGAUGAUCACGAGGAAGAAAUUACGACGUAAAUUUACGAAAAUACAAAACAUAAUAACGGAUGUUUUACGCGUGAAACUGGGGAGAGAAUGCUCCACAUGGAAGGACAAUUUGAAUUCACUUACAUGACAUAUUUUUCAAUAACAAAGAUGGCGUCCGUUGUACACAGAAUUUUAUCCAGAACAAUACCAUCAUUUUCUUCUAUACCGGCCUCCCAUCUCAAAGCAAAGAAGCACAUUUGUGCAGCACUAUCUUCAUCUCACGACGAUCCACUGGGCAUCAAAAAUAGGAGUAAUUCAUUAGCAGAACAUCAGAAGCAACAAAUGGCUCGAGGUCUACCUAAGAAGCGACCAGUGGAUGGUGUGAAGCAUGUGGUAGUUGUGGCCUCUGGCAAGGGAGGAGUUGGAAAAUCCACAACCUCAGUGAAUCUGGCUCUGGGAAUGCUUGCAAGCAAACAGUCUUUGCAUGUUGGGCUUCUUGAUGCAGAUAUAUAUGGACCAUCUAUACCAAAAAUGAUGAACUUAAGAGGACAGCCAGAGCUAACUAAAGAAAGCAAGAUGAAGCCAUUGGUGAAUUUUGGAGUACCUUGUAUGUCCAUGGGCUUCCUGGUGGAGGAAGGGGCACCAAUUGUGUGGAGAGGGUUAAUGGUGAUGUCAGCUGUGGAAAAGUUACUACGACAAGUGGCAUGGGGAGAGCUGGAUGUUCUAGUGAUUGACAUGCCUCCUGGGACAGGAGAUACCCAGCUGUCUAUCUCACAACUAAUUCCUAUUUCAGGAGCAGUGAUCGUCACUACACCACAAGAUAUUGCACUGCUUGAUGCUCGUAGAGGCACAGAGAUGUUCAGAAAGGUUGAUGUACCAGUUAUUGGACUAAUUCAAAAUAUGAGCCAUUAUGUAUGUCCCAAGUGUGACCACAAAGCCUACAUAUUUGGCCAUGAUGGUGCCAGAGAUGUUGCAAAGGAAAUGGAUUUAGAACUCUUGGUUUUCUUUGGUUCCCCAGGUGAUGUUCCCCUUCAUAUCGACAUGAGAGAAACCUCAGAUUCAGGAAAACCCAUUGUAGUUUCUCAACCUGACAAUCCUCAGACUAUUGCCUACAAAACAAUCGCUGGUCGUAUUUUGGAUAAACUUUCCCUGACAAAAGAAACUACCAGCUGACAGCUGAGGAUUGACAAGGAAAAUUUGUUCUAAAAUACAAAACUUCUGGGCAGGAAAUGUCAGACAGUCAGUAUGAAAGAGUAAACACAUACAAAGUCACUGUUGAGUGCAUUGUGAAACUGCAGCCCCUAAAAGACUGUUGUGAAACUGACAACGAGAUGUGGUGGAAAUUCUCUUAACACACAAAGGGAUCAUCAGCUUUUUUCAGCAAAUGAGGUCAAGAUUGUGGCUGCCAUUUAAAGAAUAUCGGUAGAAGUAUUACCUGAAACUACUUGACUGUUAGUGGCCAACAAAUGAGAAAAGGAGCAUAUAAACAUCAAUAAUACUAUUUAUUAUGUAAUAAUAAUAAUACAAGCAUAUGCUAAAGACAGCUAUCUCAAGAUGUCACAAAGGUACAAAGGAAUGUCGAGUCACCAAGAACAAGAUGUAGCUUUCUAAUUUUGAGACUGAAAAGGUUGUUGCACUAAAUAAUUUCCCUGACAUAUUUGAUCUAAUCACAGGAAAAUUUGGUCAUAAUUGGAAAGUUACUUCAAGUAUUUCAACAGGUCAAACAAAGCUAUGGGGAAUAAAUUUGUUGACUUUGAGUAUAAAAGGGCUUGAGGUCUCAUUGCGGGUGGAAUGUGAAAUAAAGAUAACAAUAACCUUGUUGAGGA